UAUGUAGGUAGUAGAAAACAAACGUCAAACUACAGCAGUUGGCUAUAGGCCUACACUAGAUUGGAAAAAUAUGUAACCGGAGAUCCACUUCCGUACAGAACGUUAAUCGGUUAGUAGUUCACUGCAUUCAUGUCAAUUCACACAAAUGGAAGGCCAACAUCAACUGUUGUGAAUGAAGAGGGAUUUAAACACAAGGAGGCGCCACAUGUGUCAUACGAUUCCUGCUGCCGCACGAAAGAUGCGCUCAACCAUUCUCACGUCUGAGCUGAGCUGACAGAGAACUUCUGACACAUCUCAGACCUCUUCUGCCUCACAUUUUCUUUUGAAAUUACCGAACGAAUGGCGAACGCAGGGCUUCAACUUCUCGGCUACACUUUGGCUUUUUUAGGAUUUAUUGGUCUAAUAGCUUCUACAUCCAUGGCCGAGUGGAAGAUGUCUUCAUAUGCCGGUGAUAACAUCAUCACAUCUCAGGCCAUGUAUGAGGGACUCUGGCAGGCCUGUGUGUACCAGAGCACCGGACAAAUGCAAUGCAAAGUCUACGACUCUCUAUUACAUCUACCAGGGGAAGUUACAACUACUCGAGGUCUCAUGAUCUCUUCCAUCUUUCUGGUUGCUGUCGCUCUGAUGGUUGCUGCCGUUGGUAUGAAGUGCACCACAUGCCUGGCAGACAACAAGCAGCAAAAGAGCAAAGUUGCCCUGGCUGGAGGCGUCCUUUUCAUCCUUGCAGGGGUUCUUGCUCUUGCUGCCACAAGCUGGUAUGGAGACAAAAUAAGACGCAAUUUCUUCGAUCCAUUCACUCCCACAAAUUCAAGGUAUGAGUUUGGUAAGGCGCUCUAUGUGGCCUGGGGUGCUUCGGCUCUCACCAUCAUUGGCGGCAGCAUGCUCUCCUGUAACUGCGGAAGUAAAGCGGCUGGUAAAUCGUACCCACCUCCGCGCGCAGCGGGACGGCCGGGAACGGAUCGUGUGUGAAGAUUAGGAAUACUGUAAAACACCGGAAUACAAAAGCAAUUUAGCAGCUUGUGUGCAACCUAUAGUUUAAUGUGUCGAGUGAUCAUUCUUGACUGUGAAAUCUUUUAUAUUGCUUCGUGAUUUGGUAAUAUGUCAUAGUUUUGGAUUCCUGCUUUAUUAGAGUCAUUUUCAAUGGUUAUGUUUGUCUCUCAAUAUAAAAUAAAAAUGAAUGAAAAAUGCAUCUAUUCAAAUCUAUGGGUUUAAAUCCAUUGUCAUGAUAUAGCACGCAUUGUGAAUGCCCGUGUGAUGUUGGCUUUUCACUCAAGAUGUGAAGAUUCAGUUUGGAUGGAAAAAAUUAAUAAAUGAAAAAAAUUUGAAAACA